CCCGGUGCCUGAGAGGAAACAGUGGAGGCCGCUGGGGCAGGUCACCCGGGGCGUCGGCGAUUAUAUUGCGGCCGAGCCGGCGCGCGCCGGGAGAGGCCGGGCGGUGGCGCGCGGGGGCUGGGCGAGGCCCCGCGACCCGCCAGGGAGGCGGGCGCCAGAGCUGGGCAUGAACGCACUGUAGUGGGGCGCCCCGCGGCUGCCGGGCCUUCAGAGGCGACGCGCGCGGGCGGCCGGGCGGGCGGCAGCGACGUGGCCGAGCGGGCCCCUCCGCGGCACGGACAGCCGCCCCAGAGGCCCCCGCGGCAGUGCGGGGCCGGGCCGAGCCGCGCUCCGGUGCCUGCCCCCCGCGCCCCGAUCGCGGGGCGGCCUUCUGUCGCCCCCCCGGCUGCCGCCCGGAUGAAUUCGUACUUCGUGAACCCGCUGUACUCCAAGUACAAGGCGGCGGCGGCGGCCGCGGCGGCCGCGGCGGCGGGCGAGGCCAUCAAUCCCACUUACUACGACUGUCACUUCGCGCCCGAGGUCGGCGGCCGCCACGCCGCCGCCGCCCUGCAGCUCUAUGGCAACAGCGCCGUGGGCUUCCCGCACGCGCCCCCGCAGGCGCACGCGCACCCGCACCCGUCCCCGCCGCGCGCCGGGCCUGCGGGGUGCGGCGGCCCCGGCCCCGGCCAGGACUUCUUCCAGCCCGGCGGGGGCAGCCCGGCCGCUGCCUACCAGGCCGCCCCCCCGCAGCCUCCGCCUCCGCCGCCGCCUCCCCCCUGCGGCGGGAUUGCCUGUCACGGGGAGCCCGCGAAGUUUUACGGAUACGAUAACUUACAGAGACAGCCGAUUUUUACGACCCAGCAAGAGGCCGAGCUGGUACAAUAUCCUGACUGUAAAUCGUCCAGUGGUAAUAUUGGCGAGGACCCAGACCACUUAAAUCAGAGCUCGUCUCCUUCUCAAAUGUUUCCCUGGAUGAGACCACAAGCUCCUGGUAGAAGAAGAGGAAGACAAACCUACAGCCGGUUCCAAACCUUGGAACUGGAGAAGGAAUUCCUUUUUAACCCUUAUCUGACCAGGAAAAGAAGAAUCGAGGUUUCCCACGCCCUGGCCCUCACCGAGAGACAGGUGAAGAUCUGGUUCCAGAAUCGGAGGAUGAAAUGGAAAAAGGAGAACAACAAGGACAAAUUUCCCAUUUCCCGACAGGAGGCGAAGGACGGGGAACCUAAAAAGGAAGCUCGGGAGCUGGAGGAAGACAGAGCUGAAGGCCCAACAAAUUAACUUCUACCUUUAAAGUUUUAUCGCAGAUUGUUAAAAGUAAUGGCCAACAUAUGCUGGUGGAGCCCACCUAUUUUCUUUGUUGGAAAGGACCUGACCUGUGUUUCAAGCUACCUUCGCGUCACUGCUCUUGAGAUGUCUGCGCUCUGAAAGGGAUGUGGGUGUUUUCUGUUUCUAGUGUGCAUCGAAGCAGUCCUUGAGCUGUCCUAUGAAAGAGUAAUUUGAUACUGACCUUGUAGCUAUAUUUUUUGUAAUGAUAGUUUUUAAUGUCUGAGCUGGUGAUUUUCCUCAACAACGUAAACUUCCUAAUGAUUAGCACUAAAUAAUUGAAUAUAAAUUGCUUUAUUAAUCAAGCAAGUGCACUUGAGCAUUUUAAAAUCUUUAUGGUGAGUAAGUUAAGUAUAAUUUCUUGAAAAAAAUUAUGCCUGCAGAAUAUUUACUUUAUAUUAUUUGAUUAAUACUUAUUAUUUAUGGUUUCUCUCUGCUUUUAUAAUGAACGGUUCAGUGCCUUUUGUUUACUUGUAAAAGUAUUUUUUGUUUUGUUUUUGUUUGGUUUUUUUGGACUGUUUUGUAAAUGUAAAAUCUCGGGGAAAAGCCUGGGCCCGUAUUUGAAAAGCACAUGGUAGCUGGAGAGAGUGGGCAGCUCUGCAGCUGCUCUAAACUUUGGAAAAAGGUUGGGCCAGCAACAAAAAGUUUCAGGACAUUGUCAAAGUUGAUAUGUAAUCAUUUUUCUAUCAUCCAUGCAAAUUUUGGCAAAUAAAUAAUUUUAAAUGAGUGAAUACUUGAAAAACCAAUUGUAACAUUUUCACUCAUUAACUUUGCACUCUGGCAAGCCCACCUAAUGGAGUGCCUCUCAUCUCUCAGCUUGCUUCCCUUUCCAACUGCACAUGUAUCCGCCUCAAGUCUGUGUGUCUCUGGCAGCCACUGCUGUGAUUCCGUUUGGGAGUAGGUGCCAUAUUUAUUUGUAUUCCUUCGCUGGUCUGCACGCUCCUUUUUACCCAACUUGCUGUGUGCCUGUCUCAGAUGUUGGCUGGGACAUCCUCUGCUGUUCCUCAGGAAAAUGAUGGUCUUUCUUACCUGAAAACCCAAGCCCUGAACGCCAACCCCAACAACUCCUGGGGUAAACAACCGCUCUAAUACCAAGCUAGCUCCUUAAUAAAGAAAUGAAUGUCUUUCUAGAA